AUAUACGCAGCACAAAAAACAACGCUUUUCAUGUCGUCUCGGAGUUCUGCUGGGUGGUGGCGAAACUAGCAAUGGCCAAUUUACACCGUCGACUCGUCGGCCCACAGUCGGCGGCGCCAGUGGGGAUUGGCGGCCGAGAAAACGACUUCAAUGAUAGCCAGACGAGGUUCGACACCAACGCGGUGAUUGUAAUGAUGGCAUUACUGAGCACACUCAUAUGCGUAUUCGGAUUGAUCUCGUUCCUGCGCUGCGUGCGGCGUUGCCGGGGGAGAUUUUCCGUAGACACGGCGGAGCCAGCGUCGCCGCAUCUGGCGGCGACCGGCCUCAAAAGGGGAGAUCUGCGGCGGCUCCCGGCGGCGGUUUACGGGUCCGGAUUGAGGAUUUCGGCCACCGAAUGCCCAAUUUGCUUGGGGGAAUUCGUGGAGGGGGAAAAGGUUCGGGUGCUUCCGAAAUGCAGUCAUGGAUUCCAUAUGAAGUGCAUAGACAGAUGGCUUCUCUCCCACUCUACCUGCCCAAAUUGCCGCCGCUCGUUGCUGGAUAGGACGAAUUCCAGCGCGGUGGCAGCCGGUUGGCAGGGUGCUCAGGCCGGUGAUUGUUGAGGGGGGAAGUUAAUUUUCUGGGAGCAUUCGAAAUUUUCUUGCCCGAGGUCGAUUUUCUCGGGAAAACGGAGUUGUAGUUUCAGAUCCCGUGGAAUAGAGAAGAGAAAUCUGAUACGAAUUUCUUGGGCUGGAGAAAUGAAGUGAAUCCACGGGGCUAAUUUUGAUAGAUCAUUGCCUGGAAUCAAAAAAAAUUGAAGUGUACUGUUUAGUGGAUCGAUUUUCACUUUGAGAGCAACGAUGUAAAUUUGUAAGGUUUGAAAGAAUUUAAACACAGGUAUUAGUAGUUAAAACAGCUAUAUUACUAUAAAAUUACAUUUUAAUUUGACUUUAAUUAUGGUGACAUUAUAUUGCUUAAAUUUUGUG